AUGGCAUUUAGCCGAAGCCUCACUGACGGUUUGUACUUAGCUAGGGAAAGCACCAUCCGCAGUCUCCAGAUACCCUCACGAGCUUGCCACCAAGAUCGUGGACGGCCGGCCACGAUUGAGCCAUGGCGCGAUGAUAAUUUACAAAGGCUACCCAGAGAGGGCUUGCCGGUAGGGUGGCUCCUUGGACUCGGACGAGGCGUACCAGGUUUGACCUGCGAAGUUCUCCUUCAGUAUCCUGGUGGACAAAAUUCAUUGCUGCGGCCUGCAUGCAUCUCAUCUCUGGGUAGCGAUCACUGUCGUCAAAGUUCAAAGUUCAGAACAGAGUUCAAAGUUCGAGAGCACCCGAGUCUGGAGAACUGCAAAUGCGAUGCCUGGCGGCCUUGUCAAAGCAGUGUAUUCGUCGUGCAACAGAACGAGAACUGCGGGACGUCCCGGGUAACAUGUGACGGCCUCCACGGCGCAGUGACUCGACCGUUGCAGCACCUCUUCAAGGUCCGAGUAGGUCAGUCGGUCUGCCAUCGAACACAGAGUGUCCAACAGUCUCGUCUCUACUUAUACAGUAUUACGAUAUCGCAACUAAAAGUUCAACCCCGAGGUCAGAUGUGGCGUGUCCAAAGCCAGAUUCGUCGGUACUAG